AUGGGCAGGAAGUUCAGUGGGCUGGAGCUCAGCCUGAUUGCCCUGGUCACCGUGCUGACUGUGGUGGCCUGUGUCCUGAUCGGGCUGCUGGCCACGGGAGAGCCCGGAGUGAAAUCUCCAGACUUUUACCCACAAUGUCAGAAUAUACCAACAGCAGAGAGAAUUGACUGCAUCCCAGAUCAAUUAGCAACAAAGAGCACCUGCUCCCUCCGUGGCUGCUGCUGGAGCCCCCAGAGUGACACCAGCGUGCCCUGGUGCUUCUUCUCUGCCAAGCACGGCUACAAAGUGAAGGGCUCCAAGAGAGCCACCCAGGCAGGGUUUGAGGCCACCUUGAAGAGGCUGCCAUCCCCUUCCCUCUUUGGGAAUGACAUCCAGACCGUGCUGCUCACGGCGGAGUACCAGACACGGAACCGCUUCCGAUUCAAGAUCACUGACCCCAAGACAGAGAGGUUCCAGGUCCCCCACGAGCACGUGCAGCCGUUCCAGGGCUCAGAAGCCGCCGACCCCAGCUACAGGGUGGAGCUGAGGCAGAACCCCUUCAGCCUCGUGGUGACCAGGAGCAGCAAUGGCAGAGUGCUGUUUGACACGAGCAUAGGGCCCCUGCAGUAUGCUGACCAGUUCCUGCAGCUCUCCAUCAAACUGCCCAGCAGCAACAUCUACGGCGUGGGGGAGCACGUGCACAAGCAGUACAGGCACAAUGUCAACUGGAAAACCUGGCCCAUCUUCAGCAGGGACACUGGCCCCUCUGCAGCAAUGGAUAACUUAUAUGGAGCCCACACUUUCUUCCUGUGUUUGGAAGACAACACUGGGGCCUCCUUCGGUGUGUUCCUGAUGAACAGCAAUGCCAUGGAGUUUGUGGUGCAGCCUGCCCCAGCAGUGACCUACAGAACCAUUGGAGGCAUCCUGGAUUUCUACAUCUUCCUGGGGGACACUCCAGAGCAAGUAGUCCAGGAGUACCUGCAGCUCGUGGGACUGCCAGCACUGCCCUCCUACUGGAGCCUGGGCUUCCAGCUGAGCCGCUACGGCUACGCCUCGCUGGACGAGGUGAAGGAGAUCGUGGAGAGGAACAGAGCCAUCGGGCUGCCCUACGAUGCCCAAGUCAUUGAUAUUGAUUGCAUGGAGCAAAGGAAAGAUUUCACUUAUGACAAAGAGAAGUUUAAAGAUCUCCCUCAAUUUGCAAAUUAUUUGCAUGAACGUGAACAAAAAUAUAUCAUCAUAUUGGAUGCUGCUAUUGGCACCCAAAAAAUGCUUGAUGGAAGUGACUAUGGAGCCUACAUCAGGGGAUCAGAGAAAAACGUCUGGGUGAAUGAGUCAGAUGGAACAACCCCCCUAUAUGGGGAGGUGUGGCCAGGGGAAACUGUGUUCCCAGACUUCACCAGCUCCACAGGCACAGACUGGUGGGCAGAGGAGUGCAGAUUGUUCCAUGGUGAGGUGCCCUAUGAUGGAAUAUGGAUUGAUAUGAAUGAAGUGUGCAACUUUGUUCAAGGCUCAAAAGGUGGUUGUGCACAGAAUGAUUUAAAUUACCCUCCUUACACCCCCAGGAUUCUGGACAGGCUCAUGUAUUCCAAGACACUUUGCCUGGAUGCAGUGCAGGCCUGGGGCAAGCAAUAUGAUGUCCACAACCUUUAUGGAUAUUCCAUGACCAUCGCCAGUAGGAAAGCCAUUGAGAAGGUGUUUCCAGGAAAGAGAAGCUUCCUCAUCUCAAGGUCUACCUUUGCAGGAUCAGGAAAGCACGGGGGCCACUGGCUGGGGGAUAAUGCAGCCACCUGGGACCAGCUGAGAUGGGCAAUCCCUGGAAUGCUGGAGUUUAACCUCUUUGGAAUUCCUUAUGUUGGAGCAGAUAUUUGUGGUUUCAGUGAAAACACCACAGAAGAACUUUGCAGACGAUGGAUGCAAGUGGGAGCAUUUUACCCAUUUUCCAGGAACCACAACGGUGAAUAUGUCAUUCAUCAAGAUCCUGCUGCGUUUGGACCCGACUCCUUGCUGGUGAACAGCUCCAAGCACUACCUGAGCAUUCGCUACACCCUGCUGCCCUACCUGUACACGCUGCUCUACCGGGCCCACACCCGCGGGGACACCGUGGUGAGGCCACUGCUGCACGAGUUCUACUCUGAUGAAACAACGUGGGACAUCGACAGGCAGUUCCUGUGGGGGCCUGGGCUGCUGAUUUCCCCUGCUCUUGAGCCGGGUGUGGAGUCCACUCGUGUGUACUUUCCUGAUGCAGAGUGGUAUGACUAUGACACGGGUGCACCAACCUCUGUUAGGAAAGUGUGGCACGAUUUAGAAACCCCAGCAGAUAAAAUGGGAGUGCAUCUGAGAGGAGGAUACAUUUUCCCUACUCAGGAGCCAAACAGCACCACAGUGACAAGCCGCAGGAAUCCAAUGGGACUCAUAAUUGCCCUGGAUCUCAACCAUGAAGCUUCUGGGGAUUUGUUCUGGGAUGAUGGAGAAUCUACAGGUACAAUUGAGACUAAAACCUACAUUUACUAUGAGUUUAAAGUUUCCAACAAUACUCUACAAAUGACUGUUAUACACAGCAAUUACACUGAUCCAAACAACCUGAAAUUUGAGGAAAUCAAGAUAUUGGGGUUGUCCCAGGCAAUAACAUCAGUCACUGUGUAUCAGAACAAUGUUGUGCAAGAAUAUAUCUCCAACACCACCUAUGAUCUUAUGACAAAGGUUGCUGUUAUAAGAGGACUUCAGCUUGAGCUGGGAAAACCUUACACAAUCACAUGGACUCCAGAUGUCAAUGAAAGAUUUGAUUGCUAUCCCGGCCAAGACGCAACAAAAGAAAAAUGUGAACAACUUGGCUGCUCCUGGGAACUGGCAGAAAAUGGGAAAGUUCCUGCCUGCUACUACAAGUCCAGCAAUCCUUACUCUGCAGAGAAUGUCAGUUAUUCCCCCUCUGGAAUCGAAGCCACCCUCAGGGUGGACAGCUCCAAGGUCAGAGCUAACGAGAAUUCCACUGCCCCCAUCAGCACCCUGCGCCUGGAGGUGAAAUAUCACCGCAACAACAUGCUGCAGUUUAAGAUCUAUGAUGACCAAAACCCACGCUACGAGGUGCCAGUGCCCCUGAACCUCCCCAGCUCCCCCAGCCCGAGCGAGGACCGGCUCUACGAGGUCUCGAUCCAGGAUCGACCCUUUGGGAUCGAAAUCCGCCGCAAGAGCACGGGCACGGUCAUCUGGAAUUCAGGCCUGCCCACCUUCACCUUCAGCGACAUGUUCAUUCAGAUUUCCACCCGCCUGCCAUCCCAGUACAUCUACGGAUUUGGGGAAGUUGAGCACCUCAACUUCCGACACGACAUGAACUGGGAAACCUGGGGAAUGUUCACCAGGGACCAGCCUCCAGGUUACAAGAUGAAUUCCUAUGGUUUUCAGCCAUUUUAUAUGGCUCUUGAAGAAGAUGGCAAUGCCCAUGGAGUUCUCUUGCUUAACAGCAAUGCAAUGGAUGUGACUUUCCAGCCCACCCCUGCCCUGACCUACCGCACCACCGGAGGAAUCCUCGACUUCUACAUGGUCUUGGGCCCGACGCCCGAACUCGUGGUUAAGGAAUACACUGAACUGGUUGGGCGCCCAGUCAUGCCAGCCUACUGGUCCUUGGGGUUCCAGCUGUGCCGCUACGGAUACGCCAACGACUCGGAGAUCGCCCAGCUCGUGGAGGAAAUGAAGGCGGCCCGGAUUCCCUACGAUGUCCAAUAUUCAGAUAUUGACUACAUGGAAAGGAACCUGGACUUCACCCUUUCCCCACAUUUUGCUGGAUUACCGGCUCUUAUCAACAAAAUCAAAGCAGAAGGAAUGAGAUUUAUCAUUAUCCUGGAUCCAGCCAUUUCUGGAAAUGAAACCGAUUAUCCUGCCUUCUCCAGAGGUGUGGAACAGGAUGUCUUCAUAAAAUGGCCUGACAGCAACGAGAUUUUGUAUAACAAGGUCUGGCCAUUUCUUCCCAAUGUCGAAAUCGAUGAGUCACUGCCUCACGAACAAGUAGUAGAGAGAUUUGGAGCACACUGUGCUUUCCCAGACUUCUUCCGCAAUUCCACAGCGGAGUGGUGGAAGAAUGAAAUCCUGGAGGUCUACAACAAUACAAAUGCCUCAAAAAGCCUCAAGUUUGAUGGCCUGUGGAUUGACAUGAAUGAACCAGCAUCUUUUAUAAAUGGCGCCACGGGUGGCUGUAAGAACGACCUCCUAAAUAAUCCCCCCUACAUGCCUAAUUUGGCAUAUAGGUCAGAAGGAUUAGCCUACAAAGCUCCAUGCAUGGAAGCUCAACAGUACCUUGCAGAUGGCACCCCACUCAGACACUACGACGUCCACAACCUUUAUGGAUGGUCCCAAACCAAAAUCACCCUGGAGGCUCUGCAGGCCGCCACCAACGAGCGCGGGAUCGUCAUCACCCGCUCCACGUACCCCAGCAGCGGGAGAUGGGCGGGGCACUGGCUGGGGGACAACACGGCAGCCUGGAACCAGCUGCACAAAUCUAUCAUUGGCAUGAUGGAGUUCAGUCUCUUUGGAAUAUCUUAUACAGGAGCUGAUAUCUGUGGCUUCUUCAGUGAUGCAGAGUAUGAGAUGUGUGCCCGCUGGAUGCAGCUGGGUGCAUUUUACCCAUUUUCAAGGAAUCACAACGGGAAAGGAACAGUGAGGCAAGAUCCUGCUUUCUGGAAUUCAACUUUUCAUGACAUUUCCAGGAAUGUGCUGAACAUCAGAUACACGCUGUUACCUUAUCUCUACACCUUGCUGUUCGAUGCCCACGCCCACGGCAGCACCGUGGUCCGCCCCCUUCUCCACGAGUUUGUGGAAGACAGGGUAACGUGGGAUAUCGACGAGCAGUUCCUCUGGGGUCCUGCCCUGCUCAUCAGCCCUGUGUUGAAACAGAAUGAUCGGACUGUGAACGCUUAUUUCCCCAAUGCCCGCUGGUAUGAUUACCACACAGACACAGACACUGGCUUUAGGGGACAAUUCCAAAAUUUAUCGGCUCCUUUGGAGCUCAUCAACCUGCACAUCCGAGGUGGAUACAUCCUGCCUUGGCAAACACCUGCCAAUACAACUGCCUACAGCCGGAAAAACCCGAUGGGACUCACGGUGGCCCUGGAUGAUGCUCUGUUUGCAGAAGGACACCUUUAUUGGGAUGAUGGGGUUCGCAUUGAUGCAUAUGAAGAUGGUGUUUACCUGCUGACAUCAUUUACUGCUAAUCAGACUGUUUUGGAGAUCACAGUGACUCACCCGAAUUACAAUGACCCAAACGACCUGAUGUUUACUGUCAUCAAAGUCCUGGGGGUGCCCACCGGGUACACUCAGGUGACAGUGUCACAGAAUGGGCAACCAAUCUCACCAAACCUCACCCCAGAAUAUGACCCUGGCAAGAAGCUCCUGACAAUCUCCAGUCUCCAGCUGAAACUGGGCCAGAACUACACCGUGCAAUGGAGCUGAAAUGGAACACAGCAUCAGCCAAUCCUCUGCAUUUUCUCCUAUUUUUAUAACUAGUUUUCAAUUUUCAAAGGGUGUUCUUGUCACCUUGAAUGCUUUUUCCCUUCCAGCCACACCAGUACAGUCAGUUCACAGGCAGGUAUUUUGUACAGAGCAGUCCCGUUCCAGCAAUGGCACUUUGGGAUAAAUUCAUCCUUCAAAGCUGAGAAGUGGAGGGGAAAACUCUGUUUUUUCAGAGGAGAAUUCCUGUCUGACUUCAUAUCUGAUAAAUUUUGUAAAAAAAGUUGCACUGAAGUGGAUUUGAAGCCAUAAUUUUUGCCUUUGUUUAACUUCCAUUUUAA